CGUCCGUGACUCGGGUAAUCCACUCAUAUGGAUGGAACCAUAGCUGGUUUGCUUCUGGCUCUCAUUUUACCUUCCCAUAAUUUAAAGCAAAAAUGUUCCUUCAGCUGGGAAGCUAAAGCAAGCUUUCUCCGUCUUCAUAAAACCCAGCAAUUAGCAAACCUUCUCUUCUCUCUCAAAACAAAAGCAAUGGCUACGAAAGCCAUUUUUGUCCCAAUUCUCACCUUAUUUUCACUCUUCUUUUCUCUUACAAAUUCCAUCGACUUCGAUUAUCCUGCAAUUUUCAACUUCGGCGACUCGAAUUCUGACACAGGUGAGUUCGCCGCGGGGCUUGGGCUUCUCAUGGAACUCCCCAACGGACAAACAUACUUCAAGACCCCAUCAGGGAGAUUUUGUGACGGUCGUCUCAUCAUAGACUUCGUCAUGGAUGCAAUGGAUAAGCCAUUUCUAAAUGCCUAUCUGGAUUCAAUCGGCUUGCCAAAUUUCAGAAGAGGGUGCAAUUUUGCAUCUGCAGGGUCCACUAUACUUCCAGCAUCUCCAACAUCUGUCAGCCCAUUCUCAUUUGGGCUUCAGGUGGCUCAGUUUCUCAGAUUUAAAGCUCGGGCUCUCGAAUUGCUAGCACAAAAUAAGAAACUGAAAAGGUACCUCCCAGCAGAAGAUAAUUUUGAGAAGGCGCUUUACAUGUUUGAUAUAGGCCAGAAUGAUCUUGCUGGUGCAUUUUAUUCCAAGUCAUUAGAUCAGAUACUUGGUUCAAUUCCAACAAUCUUGGGAGAGUUUGAAAAUGGAAUAAAGAAACUAUAUGAUCAAGGGGCUCGGUAUUUUUGGGUACACAACACGGGUCCUCUUGGAUGCUUGGCUCAAAAUAUUGCCAGAUUUGGAACUGACCAAUCAAAGCUGGAUGAGCUAGGAUGUGUCAGCUCGCACAAUCAAGCUGCUAGACUUUUCAAUCUGCAGCUUCAUGCUCUCUGUAAAAAAUUGCAAGGCCAAUAUAUGGACGCCAAUGUCACAUAUAUUGAUAUCUUUACCCUAAAAUCCAACCUCAUUGCAAAUUAUUCCCUAUAUGGAUUUGAACAACCUAUAAUGACUUGCUGUGGGUAUGGAGGUCCACCACUGAACUAUGACAGUCGCAUUAGCUGUGGGCAAACAAAGAUCUUGAACGGGACAUUGGUCACGGCCAAAGGGUGCCCAGAUAGUACUGAGCAUGUCAGUUGGGAUGGAAUUCAUUACACUGAGGCUGCAAAUCAGUAUGUCUCAUCACAGAUACUCACUGGAAAAUUUUCUGAUCCACCUUUCUCAGACGAGAUGCCUUUCCUUCUGAAGCUCAAGUUCCAAAAAUAGAAUAUGCUUAUUAUUAUAACUAAUUCAUUUUUUCUUUUUCUGAUGUGUUAACUUCUUUGAGUAUUUGUAAGCCAUCAUUCAAAGAAUCAAAAUGAUAAGUUAAUAUUUUUACUGACUGGAAACUAGUAAUGCAGUGGAUGCACUUCAUCAUAUGAGGUGGGCUGUGUAGCUCUCAUCAAUUGUUUAUGUUAAACAAGGGAUAUUUGAUAUAUCUCACUCCAAGCGAAUCUUUUGCGGGUUGGAUUU